AUGUCGCUCUCCACCUACAAGGCCUUUCUCGCCUCGCUGUCGCCGAGCGCACUCGCCGAUGACGCCUCGCUGCACUAUGUCACAACUCUUACGACCCUGCAAGGUGCCACCGCGAUAAGCAAACACUAUGCUGUUCAGGACAAGCUGCUGAAGAGAAAGGGCGACAAGAUUCUGAGCGUGGUGGACGGCGGAAACUCGUUGUCUGUCGACGUCGAGACCACCCUGGAGUUCAUCCAUGGAGGUGGCGCCUAUCUUCCAGGUCUGGACGACAAUUUCGUGGCCGAUCGAGUGGUGACGUUUCAUAUGAUCCACAUUGUUCACUUCAACGAGCAAGGCAAGAUCCACCAAAUCCGUCUGUAUUGGGACCAGGGUUCUCUACUCAAGCAGAUCGAGGUCAUUGGCGCGCGCGCUCGCAAUUGGCCCAUUCGCGAUGGUAAAGAUCAGAUCCGCCUGGUCGCUUCGAGCGCCAAAAUCGUCCCCUCGGCCGACUCUUCCAAGGCAGGAGCUGCUCGAGGGGAAGACGAGGUUUCGGUGCGCUCGUCGCGCUCCCGCGGCUCCACCACUAACGCCAUGAACGAUCCGCACGCGAGCCUGCAGCUGUUCCAAGCUCGUGACGUAAACCGAGAGUCUUCCGAAUCGCGCCCUGCAGGACCGCGCACCCAAUCCAUGAAACCCCCGCCCCGCGAUUUGGGCGAGCUCUUCGUCGACGAGGCGUCUGCCGCGGCCGCCAAUCCAAAUGACUCUCCUGCGAAGCACGGCAUCCCCACCAAAUCAGGUGGCGGAAGGAAUUUCAAGAGCAACCGCUUGUUCGACGAGGCCGGAGAAGAAGAGACUGCACCGACUCCUAUGAGCAGCGUCAAGACCAACGCGAAGAAGUAUUCACACUUUGAGUUCGGCGAUGGUGAAGACACACCCAAAGUCAAAGAGGGCCAUCGCUCAUCGAGGUCGCAUCACCAGUCCAACUGGGAUUUCGAAGAUUUCAACACUCCCGCGAAAACUAAGACGAAGAUCUUGAGCCAGAACGUUCGUCACUUUGGUUGGAGCGAUGACGAGGUCAGUGCUCACUAUGAGCCUCAGUCGGUUGAGGAGGAGGGUUCCCCUAUCCGUCGACCUGUAGUCCACAAGGCGCGCCCCGACGCCGAUGCGCACUUUGACUUUGAAGACGAGGCUACGCCAGAGGGCCAGCGCAAGUUGGUUUCGAACAAGGGACGCAAUGCGAACAAGGGCAUGGGAUUGUACAAGGACCAUGUGCUGGGUUCUUCUGGCGAAGAGGAAGGUGCAAACCCAGGUGACAACAAGCGCGGCCACAACGACGUGACGACCCACGUCAGAAAUGAUAGUCGCAAGAAGGAUUUCGCACCCCACUUUGAAAUGGCAGACAACAGCCCCAGUCACGGCAAAACUGAUACUAAGGCUGCGGUCCCGGAGAUCAAGAAGAAGGCCAUCCAGACCAACUGGAAGCUGUAUGACGACACACCAGGAAACCGCGGGGGAAUCAAUGUUGCUGGCAACGGCAUGGGCGGUCGCAAGGGUACUGAGUUCAGCCUGUACGAAGAUGAACCCGAAGACAAAACGGAGAGUCGGCACAUCAAGUCGAUGGGUAACGGCAUGGGCGGUCGCAAAGGCACCAAAUCAGGCAACUUUGACUGGGACUUUUAG